AUGGGAGACAAUCCGUCGACCGAGGUCGAUGUAGAUAAUAUCAUUGACCGCCUCCUGGAAGUGCGCGGUUCGCGCCCAGGAAAGCCUGUGCAUCUGGAAGAGUAUGAGAUUAAAUAUCUUUGUCUAACGGCUCGUGACAUUUUUAUCAACCAACCUAUUCUUCUCGAAUUGGAAGCGCCGAUCAAAAUCUGUGGUGACAUACACGGUCAGUACUAUGACCUUCUCCGUCUAUUUGAGUACGGAGGCUUCCCACCAGAGGCGAACUAUCUCUUUUUAGGUGACUAUGUUGACCGCGGCAAACAGAGUCUAGAGACGAUUUGCUUGUUGCUUGCAUACAAAAUCAAGUAUCCAGAAAACUUUUUCAUUCUUCGUGGCAACCACGAGUGUGCCAGUAUUAACCGCAUUUAUGGGUUUUAUGACGAAUGCAAACGUCGAUUUAACAUCAAGCUUUGGAAAACAUUCACAGAUUGUUUUAACUGCUUGCCCAUUGCUGCAAUUAUUGAUGAAAAGAUCUUUACCAUGCACGGCGGACUGUCGCCUGAUCUUCAGAGUAUGGAGCAGAUUCGCCGUGUGAUGCGCCCCACGGAUGUGCCAGAUACGGGUCUGCUCUGUGACCUCCUGUGGUCGGACCCAGAUAAGGACAUUUCGGGCUGGUCCGAGAACGACCGUGGUGUCUCAUUCACAUUCGGUCCCGACGUGGUGUCCCGUUUCCUAGCAAAGCAUGAUAUGGACCUGAUUUGCCGUGCCCAUCAGGUGGUGGAGGAUGGAUACGAGUUUUUCGCGAAGCGCCAGCUUGUGACACUAUUCUCCGCACCCAACUACUGUGGUGAAUUUGACAAUGCAGGUGCAAUGAUGAGCGUCGAUGAGACGCUACUUUGUUCAUUCCAGAUUCUCAAGCCAGCGGAAAAGAAGCAGAAAUACGCCUAUGGAGGUAUUAACAUGGGACGACCCGUCACACCUCCUCGUAAGCAAAAAAAGAAGAGUGACCGAAUGACCUAA